AUGAGCUCCUUGUAUCCCGAUGAAAGUUAUUGUACGAGUGAUUUGGGAAGGAUUCUGUACCAAUUAAAGACGGAUUGGUCAUGCAACUCCACAGUCACUUCCAUUACCGAAGAGAAGCAUCUCGCUGGCUCGCAUACCGUCUACACAUUAGAAAUAGAGUGUACUCCGGUGACCACUCAACUUGCCAAUGAAUUUUCUCAUAGAAUUUUUGUGCUGAGCACUCGAUUCAAAGAGAUGGCAAAACUCCAUGCAGCUAUCUCGAAACUACACAAACAACUGUAUCUUCGUGGCACUUUUCCAGUCUUCCCACCAGCAAAAUUCAUAGGAUCUGCUGAUCCUUCAGUCAUUCAAGAACGUCGUCACGGUAUUGAAGCCUGUUUAAAUUUUAUAUUCGACAGUGAAGUUCUUCGUAAAUCACGGCUUCUCCACGAAUUCGUUGAGAAAGCCAAAGAGAAAACGUAUACAGCGCACGAAGUUACUGGAAACGAGGUGUUUUACGACAACACUUCUUCAAUUUUGGAUCAACCAAACAACAAUUCCAGCGAUUCCGACUCUCCAAUCCGCGUUUCUCCUCUCGAGCCGACACACGAACAAGCUGGCGACGACUUUCAAUUCCCGGACGUUGCUAUUGCUAGUGAAGUAGGUGGUGGAGAACAACGACCACCUAGAAAAAGUUCGAUGAGACGGUUAUUUCCACGAUUACGAGGAAGUCAUCAUCAAAAUAUUGAAAUCGAAGAGCCCCCUGCGGACUACCUAGUAACAGCAGGGCAGCUAGUGGCAACCGCUCAAAGAGCCGAAGAAGAGCACGCAUAUGAACUGGCUUUUCAAUGCUACAAAAGUGCGGCGAGCAGUCUGAUUCAGGGUGUCCAAAUCGAGAGUGAUAUGACAAAACGAAACGCAGUUCGUCGGAAAACUGCGAAAUACCUCGUAAAAGCCGAGAAACUUUAUCGAACAUAUUUAUCGCUCGACGGUUCUGUAUUCAACUUCGAAGGACUUUUGACUGCUGCAAUGCAGGAUCCGAAUAUUCUGGCGUUCCAAUGCUCAAAUAAAUCAAUGAAAAAUUAUCGAUUUAUUGGAGUUCUUCCAGAACUUGAUGCCGAAAGGAAAGUGAUUUUAGUUGAGGAGACUGUUGGUGAUCCGAGGAAGAAAUAUGUGAUGAAACUCGUUGAAAAAGGAGUGCCGAGUGCUGAAAGUUCGAUUUUUCUACCUACAAACAUUCCACAUAUGGCUCAACUCGUUCAGUUUUUUGAAACGGAAACGCAUAUAAUACUUCUUUUGGAAUUUGUGGAACCUGGAAGAUUAUGGUCAUUUCUGAGAAGAAUGCUGAAUGAAGCUGAAAGUAGGCAUAUUCUGUGGUUGGCUGAAAUGAAAGCCGAUGUUAGAGAUGGAGAAACGACAAGUACAAUUCCAGUCAGAAGAACGAAAAGUGAAGGAAAUUAUAGGGGAAGAAGACUUUUGUUUACUGUCGGAGUUGAUUUUGAAAGAGUUGUAGAAAUGAGAGAUGAAAGUUUUAGCACAGAAAAGCCAUCGGAAGAAGAUCAAAUCAUUUGUACAGUAGGCGAAGAUCCAACUGGUCGUUCUGAUGCUCCAACUGGAGAUUUCACACUUGUUGGUCAUUCGAAGGAAGCAGUGGAGAGCCAAAUUUUCCAAGUGGAAGAAGAGAGUCCGGCUGCUGUUAAAUUUGAUUUUUCCUCAUCGAAAUCUCAUUCGCCACGUGGAAACCGAAUAUCAUCAGAUGACACGAAUCAGAAUUCAGUUCCUUCUACAUCAUCCAAAAAACCAGAAUCUAAGACGGUUUCUGAUGUAAAUAGCAAAGAGAAUUUUCUGAAAAAUCUAUCGAAAGCACUUCAAACUGUACAAAAACAUUUGAGUUCACGAAGAAAAAUAUGGAAUCACUUGGAUCUCCCUGAGGCUCUUGUUGCUCAUUGGUGUGCUCAAAUCGUCUCAUUUUUCUUUGUACUUCACGCUGAACAUCAAGAAUUUGUUGGGGAUUUGAAUGCAGAUGAUAUUUUAAUUGAUGCCGAUGGAAAUCUGUUGAUGACGUAUAUCGGGAGAUGGUAUGAUACGAAUCGACGAAAGAGACUAUCAGAUGGAUACUCAGCUCCCGAAAGUGUUCAAUAUGGUUGGGUGCCGACACCAGAAUCUGAUGCAUGGACACUUGGAGCUUUGAUGUUUGAAAUGCUUUGCGGAAGAUCACUCGCAAAUGCAGCACCACACGGAGUGUUAAGAAAUAUGGAACUACCUAUUCCGGAGAGAUCUGUAGUUUCAUUUGUGGCCAAGGAUCUGCUAAACACACUGUUAGUACCCACACCUGCUCUACGACCAUCGUUUGACGAAAUCCGUGCUCACCCAUUUUUCCGUCAUAUUGAUUGGCUUCUCUACGAUAAUCCAACCUCUUCGUCAACUCCUGCUCCUGCGACGCGAAUUCAAUCUCCUCCAACCCCUCCACCGACUGAAAUUACUAUUACAAAUCAAGAAGAUACUGUAGAAGAAGUCAUACGAAGAAAUUCUGAAGAACCUUCAACGUCACGUGUAUCACCUGCUAGUCGCCGCAUUUUGUUUUGA